CCUAAAUGUAGCUUUCUCAUCCAGUUGUAAAUGUAAACAAACAUGGUCUCGCGCCUCCGAUAUUUUAGAUUUCCAGGUGUCUGUUUUCUACCCUUUUCAUCGUCUGAUAGACUUUCACGACCAUGCAGCCAAAAUCAGUUAAGAUGUGCUGCAACCCUGAGUCAACAGUCUGUUAUCCAGAUACCCCAUCACAUGGCCGAAAAAAUGAAGCAAGCAAAACUAAAACAGAAAAAAAUUGAAAGACAACAAUUCUUGCAAAAGUCACAGGAAGGCAACAGAUCUAUUCCAAUCAUCAACUGUAAAAGAAAACAGUUUAACCACUACCUUGGUCAGUCAUACAGCAAGUUUGAGGAGGUCCCACUGGCUUCAAAGGGAUGGCGGCAUCGCAAGUCAGCUGGUGAUUAUUUCAUUAUACAUGGGUAUGGCAGGAAUCCAGCCUUCACUCAUCUCCAAGAAGGUCUUCAGGAGGACUUUGACUCCCUGGGUCUCAAGCAGGAACUCGUGACCAGGAUAUGGAACUUGGGAUAUGAGGCACCAACAAAUAUCCAGACACUGGCAAUUCCACAAGUGCUGGAGGGAAAAAACACUUUGAUUACAGCAGAAACAGGAAAUGGGAAAACACUGGCCUUUGUUGCUCCAAUGUUACAGCAGAUUGCUCAGCGCAAGAAGGCAUUCAAAAACAACUAUCCAAUAAAUUCUCCUUUGGGGCUUAUUGUGGUACCAGGUCGUGAGCUUGCCGAGCAGAUUCAGACGAUUGCCUCAUCCCUUGCAGAAGGUCUCGGGAUUAAUGUGGAGUUAGUGAAAGGUGGGAGAACAAAGAAAAUGAUGCUCAAUCCUACACUGACUGAACCUCAUCUGCUUGUGGCAACCAUGGGGGCCUUGUCAAAAUUAACCACAACUGGGUUAUAUGAUAUGAGUCUUGUGAGACAUAUAACUCUUGAUGAAGCAGACUCCCUCUUAGACGACUCCUUUAAUGACAGUGUCAUUCGAUAUCUCUCCAAGUUUCCAAUUCAAGGAUGUAGUAACACUGAAGAGCCUGAGCCAGUAGUAAUGUCAGGCGUACAGCUCACUCUAGUCUCCGCUACAACACCUCGUAGUUUACAUACCAUUCUACAGCCCAUAGUUGACAUCGACUCUGUACUGCGAAUCUCAACCCCAUACCUCCAUCACAUCAUGCCCCACAUUCCCCAGAAGUUUAUAAGAGUCAGCCAUCAGACAAAGGCUGAGAAACUUCUGGAACUAGCAAAGAACGAUGCAAAAAAAGGAGUUCCAUUUAUAGUUUUCAGUAACUCAGCAAAAACGUCAGAUUGGGCAUCCCUCUAUCUGAGUGAGAACAACGUCCCGUGCGUCAACCUGAAUGGCAACAUGACCGCCACAGUUCGAGAUGGCCGUUUCAAAGUUUUCCAGUCCGGUCAAGCAUUGGGCCUCUCGUGCACUGAUCUCACAUCCCGUGGCUUAGAUACUGUUCGGGCUGGCCACAUUAUCAAUUUUGAAUUCCCAAAAUUUAUGUCCGACUACAUUCAUCGAUGUGGUCGAACAGGGAGGGUUGGGAGUCAUCUGACGGGGCAAGUUACUAGCUUUGUCCACCAUCCCCAAGAAGUCGAACUGCUUCAGAAAAUUGAGUACGCUGCAAGAAAACGAGAAGAUCUGCCCAAUGUCAAUGCUAACAUCAAAAGAAUCAUUCUCAGUAAGAUUGUAAAAGACAAUCAAAUUGUAUGAAAACAAAGGCAAGUUGGAAAUUGCUAUUUAAGUUGACUUUUGAGGACAUAGAGAGAAAAAGAGUUAGAUAUUCCUCUUUUUAAUGAUACAGAGAGGAAAAGGGUUAUAUAUUCAUUUGGAAUAUAGAUGUUAUACCUGAUUUAACUUAUAAUAUUUUUUGUGUAAAUAUCCGUUUGUAAAUAGUUUGUUCAUAUUUGUAUAUGAUUAUUAAAAUUUUCUUUAUUCAUG